GGUUUCCAAGGAGCAGCUGGUGGAUUCGAACUGCUGACCUUUUUGUUAGCAGCCUGAGCUCUUAACUACUUCCAUUAGAUGAAUAAAAUAAUCCCUUCAAGCUUUAAUAUUAGAAUUCCCCUUGUUUGCCUUCCAGGACUGCACAGCAGAUGGCACUAACAGGCCGUUUAACAGAUUACCCUCACUAAGACUGAUUUCUGUCCCAACCUUGUCUGACUUUGGAUUCAUCCUAGAAGCCAAUACUCAUUUCAUUACAGUCCUUAGAUACACGAUGGCCCUGAGAGCAUGUGGCUUGAUCAUCUUCCGAAGACGCCUCAUUCCCAAGGUAGACAACAGUUCAAUUGAGUUUCUACUGCUGCAGGCAUCAGAUGGCAUUCAUCACUGGACUCCUCCCAAAGGCCACGUGGAUCCAGGAGAAAAUGACUUGGAAACAGCCCUGAGGGAGACUUGGGAGGAAGCGGGCAUAGAAGCAGACCAGCUGACCAUCAUUGAGGGGUUCAGAAGGGAGCUCAAUUAUGUGGCCAGGGAGAAGCCUAAAACAGUCAUCUACUGGCUGGCGGAGGUAAAGGACUAUGAUGUGGAGAUCCGCCUCUCCCACGAGCACCAGACCUACCGCUGGCUGGGGCUGGAUGAGGCCUGCCAGUUGGCUCAGUUCAAGGAGAUGAAGGCAGCGCUCCAAGAAGGACACCAAUUUCUCUGCUCCACAGCAGCCUGAGCUGUCAGGAGCAGUCAUUUGGCUUUCUCCAGAUUGGCCUCGAUAGGAUCCUUGAGAGCCUUCUGAGAUUAACCCACCCUCCAGCUCCAGGGAAUGUUGUACUGGUCUUUGGCUCAUCACAGCAAAGAAUCGAUAACCUAAUGAAGUCAGCUUAGGACUUUCAGAUGAGAGCAAGCAAAAAACCUCAGCUGGGUGGAAAAGAAAGCAAAGGAGGAGUUUUUUUUUUUAAAAAAAGUCAGGCCUAGUAAAUGCAUCCUUAUACUUUAUAAAUAAACCUCAAGUAGCUUAUCUGUCCUUCUCACCUAUUGUGUUUGUGUAUUUCUUGGACUUUUGCACUUGGUGGAGAGAAGAAACCCAGUGGUCCAAGGUUGCCUGUCUCUCCUCUCUCGUCUGUGACCUGGGGAGACCAAAGUUCUUUGAGUCUCUAAUUCAUUAUUCAAGGAAAAAUUUACUGAGUAUGUACAACAUGCUCUGCAUAUGCCUGGUGCAGGGGAGAGAUACAUCAAUGAGUAGAGCAGACCUGAUUCCUGCCCUCCAGUCCUUCUCACUUGAGAAUCCUGUGUGACUACAG